AAGGGAGGUGGGCGGUGCUUGAGUGGCUUUGCCCGCAGCCCAGCUGCUGAGCAGAAGGAGAAAGGCCGGUUUUCCCAGCAGACUUGACAUCUCAUCCCAGGGAAGAUCAUCCGUGCUUUCAGAGCUGUGCCCUGCCCCCAAAAUGGAUAUGGGAGUGGGUGGUCGUAUCUCCUACGAUGACUACCCUGUGGUGUUCCUGCCUCCCUAUGAGAGCCCCCCUGCCUGGAUAGCUCCCCACGAGAGAAUUUACCAUUCCGAUUACAACAACGAGCUGACCCAAUUCCUGCCUCGUACCAUUGUGCUGAAAAAGCCUCCAGGUGCUCAGCUGGGCUUUAAUAUCCGAGGAGGAAAAGCAUCACAGCUGGGGAUCUUCAUCUCCAAGGUGAUCCCGGAUUCAGACGCACAUCGAGCUGGAUUGCAGGAGGGAGACCAGGUGCUGGCUGUUAAUGAUGUGGACUUCCAGGAUAUUGAGCAUAGCAAGGCUGUGGAGAUCUUGAAAACCGCUCGGGAGAUCAUUAUGAGAGUCCGAUUCUUCCCUUACAAUUACCAGAGGCAGAAGGAGAGAACUGUUCACUAGAAAUCUCUUCCCAGCCACAACCUUCCCUUUGCAAAGAGUUCAGUGACAUCCAGCCAAACUUCUUUUCCCCCCUUCUUUUUGGUAAAAUAAAUGCCAGGCACCCUGUGCGGUUCCUCUGGGAGCAUCUGCUGUGGGGGCCAGAAAUGGUGAUCGUAGUACAGAAUUUCCUUCCAGGUGGAGGCUAAAGUUGAGUGCCUGCCGACGAGGAGACUUUUAAUGUUUGUUUUAUUUCUUCUUUGGGCUGUGGAAUAAGGGACACGGGACUGGACAUUUUGCUUCAAUCCAUUCUCUGAGUAGGAAAAGGAUAUAGAUCUGCUGAUGAUGCCAAUCCCAAAUGCAUCUGUAGGCCUAGAGUUUUUAAUCCCUCAGACUGCUUCUUUCAGAACGGUUUUCUUUUUUUCUCAAAAAAAGAGGAGGAAUAACAAGCGUAGGGCACAAAAUGAGCAACUUGAGGGCCUUUAACCCAAAACCUCUUUUUAAAUAGGUGUGGUGGUCCUUUCAGGUGCAAUUCACUGCAAACAUCUGCAUUAAGCCAUAUUCAGAUGCACUGAAACUUGUGUAUGGGGGAAAAACCCUUCCACAUGGUGUAUGCCUUUUUUCCCUGUUCUCUGAAGAAUCAGGCAUUUAGGAAACUACAUGACUGCAUGUCCUGGAUCAUGGCCUUGGUAGCAGAAUUAAUAGCUCCCAUUGAAUCCCUGGAGAAGGUUGUUUUGAUUUGUAAAGCAUGUGCCUAGUCCUCAUGCAUAAAGAACAAGUGGGUUAUUUUCU